AUGGCCGACCUUUUUUUCUUAAAAGAGUCCAUUUUGAUAUAUUUAGACAGAAGUGGCGGUCUUGAGAAACUUAUCGACGACUGCAAACUUUUAAACGACCCCCAACAGAACGAGGCAGCCUACAGGUUCAAAAUUAAUGUUAAUCCUUCAGAUUUAAUCGAAAUGGAUCCUGUGCUGGGUGACUGCGUUCUGCAUGACCCACUCAGAGCCACGGUUCUGUUUCAGUCAGUUUGCUUCCUGGCAAUGAAGACUCUUUCACUCACAGAAAAAAUACAAACAGCGAGCCAGGUGAACGUCUCAUUGAACUUCACACACCUGCCUUCAUUCCCUGAAUACAUGCUGGACCUUUGCAGUUUCCCUCGUGUUUAUGGUCCAAUGAGACCUAAAUCCAUGGAGGGGGUGGUCAUUGCCAUGACAAGAAUUACAAAGUACACCCAGGGAGCCAGGUUCCUCUGUACUAAUGAUAACUGUCUCUGUUCUACAGGGUUCCACUACAUACGAGUCCACAUACCUGGAGCCACAGAGUCCGCUACUGUGAGAAAUGACUUCACCUGCAUGAUUUGCAGCUCCCAGCUGAAAGAGGAUGUGAAGUUCAGAGUUUUAGGAGACAAACAGCUGGUGGAGCUGAUCCACGUCAAAGCAUUAGAUGUUCUACGAGGACAUCAACAAGACUCGACGAGAUACCAGUCUGUCACCCUGUUUCUGAGAGAUGAGCUGUGUAACUCGAUGAGGAUCGGACGACUCUACAGGGUGAUAGGCAUUCCUGCUCUUGUGCAUCAGUGGUCGAACAUUAUUUGGAGUGUAGAAGCAAACAGUGUCCAACCGUGGGAGCCAAAGUGUUGCCCUGAAGUCUCUCACAGAUUCCAGGAGCUGCUGCAUUUGACAGCCUCUUCUCCCUGGAGGUUUUCUGCCAUUGUAGCUCACUGCUUUGGGUUGGAGCUGGCUCCUCCUGGUUUAUACAACACGCUAAAGCUGGGCUUGCUGCUCAGCUUGGUGCAGACCAGAACAGAUGCAAACAACACAUUUCACGGUUUCGAUGUCCUUGUUGUUACAAGUGAUACGCUCAUACUUGACAGACUAAUGGAGUACAGCUUGAAUUUGGUGUGCCGUGGGGUCAGGCAUCAGGCCUCAGGGGAGUUGUUUACAAGUCUGUCCCGAGACGAACACGGAGCAGGAACUGCGAACAUCCAUGCUGGUUCUGCAUUACUCGCUACUGGGGGUAUUUGCAUGCUGGGAGAUCUGGGUUGUUAUAAAAAGGACAAACUGGAUCACAUUCACUCAGUUCUGGAGAGCCACUCGGUGUCCGUGUUCAUUCCUGGGAAGAAAUAUGGCGAGGAUGCUGACCAGCAGCUUUCCUUUCCAGUCCAGUGCAGCUUUUGGGGCCUCACAGACUCCUCGCAACAUUUUGGGAAGACGGACUUUGCUGUACUGGGAACUGCAGAAAUGGGUCCUGUCCCUGCACAGUUUGCAGAAGCGUUUGGUCUCGUCAUUCAGUGCAGAGACAGGGUUGGAGAACAAGCCGCAUAUGCCCAGAGUGUCCACACCCUCCAACAGGCAAUGCAGCCUGGAACACACACCUUCCCAUCUUACUGGGACUUCUCAAACAAAGAUUACAAAGAGCUGGUAGCUCUUAGCAAAAAUUUGCAAGUGGAGCUCAGCCCUGAAGCAGAGAAAUUAAUCCACGGUUACUACAUGGCGAGUCGACGAGCUCGGACCCAGAGUCAGGGCGUCAAGAUUUCACUGGCUUCUGUCAAACUAUUGCUCUCCUUGGCUGAGGCCCACUGCAGGUUAAGCCUACGGACUCGAGUCCUGGAGGAAGACGCUGUGGUUGCUGUGCUCCUGUGUGAAAACUCAGUCACUCUCAAGCACGGGGCCUCGGCUCUGAUCAUUCCAUCAGAUGCAGCGUUUCCUUGCGACAUGGGAGACAUGGAGGGUUUGCACAGGAGAGACACGAUCCUGGAUGAGCUUCAUCAAAAUAUUUUACGCUUCAUCUACACCUACGCACCUGGAGCAGAUACAUACAUUACAGAGGAGUAA